GUUAAGUUUGAAAUAGAAAAGCCAGAGAGAGACAGACAGACAGACCGAGCAGGAGCGCUGGAGAAACUGAGGUUCUCGGAAAGCCUGGUGGAGCGAGAGACCGAGACAGGCAGGGACUCGAGGCACAGGAGGCUACCGAGAUCAUUGAAACAAGGACACACUGGGCGUACGGAGUUACCGGUGGACAGACCCGAGGCAUGGGGGCCGUCCCAGGCUUUGUGGAGGAUUUUCAGAAAAAGCUUACGUAGAACCCCAGCGAACACAUUGCUAGGGCCCUUCUCUGGGCCUUGGAGGUGCCCUGCGGCGUGGGUGUCAGUGGCAUCGUGCUGAGUCUGCUCUCUGAGGCCUGCAGAGACACCGAGAGACUAGAGACAGAGACAUUGAGGGUUCUCUCCCCUUGCCACCAUGAGUGAGUCAUUUGACUGUGCAAAAUGCAGCGAGUCCCUCUAUGGACGCAAGUACAUCCAGACAGACAGCGGCCCCUACUGUGUGCCCUGCUAUGACAACACCUUUGCCAACACCUGUGCUGAGUGCCAGCAGCUUAUCGGGCAUGACUCGAGGGAGCUGUUCUAUGAAGACCGCCACUUCCACGAGGGCUGCUUCCGCUGCUGCCGAUGCCAGCGCUCACUAGCCGAUGAACCCUUCACCUGCCAGGACAGCGAGCUGCUCUGCAAUGACUGCUACUGCAGUGCGUUUUCCUCGCAGUGCUCCGCCUGUGGGGAAACUGUCAUGCCUGGUUCCCGGAAGCUGGAGUACGGAGGCCAGACGUGGCAUGAGCACUGCUUCCUGUGCAGUGGCUGCGAGCAGCCGCUGGGCUCCCGUUCUUUUGUGCCGGACAAGGGCGCUCACUACUGCGUGCCCUGCUAUGAGAACAAGUUUGCUCCUCGCUGCGCCCGCUGCAGCAAGACGCUGACACAGGGUGGAGUGACAUACCGUGAUCAGCCCUGGCAUCGGGAAUGUCUGGUCUGUACUGGGUGCCAGACGCCCCUGGCAGGGCAGCAGUUCACCUCCCGGGAUGAAGAUCCCUACUGUGUGGCCUGUUUUGGAGAACUCUUUGCACCUAAGUGCAGCAGCUGCAAGCACCCCAUCGUAGGACUCGGUGGAGGCAAGUAUGUGUCCUUUGAAGACCGACACUGGCACCACAACUGCUUCUCCUGCGCCCGCUGCUCUACCUCCCUGGUGGGCCAAGGCUUCGUGCCGGAUGGAGACCAAGUGCUCUGCCAGGGCUGCAGCCAGGCAGGGCCCUGAGCCAGGGCUCCUGCGCCCAGGCUUUCCAGUACCACUGCCCCAGGACUGUGGCUCCUCUUCUAAACCACCUCUGGGACCCAGCCCCUCCCCAACAUGGGUCUCUCUCUGGGCUCCGGGAUUGUCUCCCCACUCCAGCAUCCCCAAACUGGUGCUCCCUGAGCCAGGCCCCCAAACCUGGGCUCUUAUGGAGCCUCUGUGAGUCAAGCCCCUCCCCACACCUGGACUCCAGAGCUCAGCCCUCUGCCAUGCAAUGUGGGUUCCCAGACUGAGUCCUCAUCCCAAAUCAGGGCUCUAAACUCCAGCCCUCCAAACCUGGACUCUGGGACCUAGGCCCCCUUAAACCUAGACUUCUCUUUAUAGAUUUUAUGUCUCCUAUGGGUGCCUGAGAAGUCCUCAAAAGUGACUGUUCCCAGGCUCGACCCACCCCACCCCAUCCCCGGGGCUAAGGCUGGCUGUGGGGGGCAGCAGAUCAGGGGCCCACUAGUUAGGGGGCCCUAGGGGACAGGGUGCUGCCCGGCCUGUGUCCACCGAGCGUCCCCUCAUUUUAUUUCAGCUCCAUUUUGCCCAGAGAUGGGCAGAGGGGUGAGACUGGCUCACCCCCCUUCUAGAUUCUGCAAUAAAGCUGCGUGAGGAAGCA